AUGACUUAUAGUGGCUUUUUUCCAGCUUACGAUAGACGAAAAACAAACGUGCAUAUCCGUCCAAGUAAUUAUUAUCCUCAUUUACAUGUCAAAGAUGAGAAAGACACAGCAAUAACGACGACAAGUUUUUUACCACCCAUCGAUUAUUUUAAUCGACCCUAUAGACGAAAUGAUUUUUGUAAUAAUAAUUUAUUCGUAACAAAACGAAAACUAGCUCAAGUAUUUCUUGGUCAACACUGUCACUCAGCCAUUGAUCUAGCCGAUCUGUUGAAUGUCGAACGGAAAACAAAGAAAAAACCAAAGAGACAUCUGCAGGAAAUCGUCGAAACAAAGCCAAAUAAUUUGUCUCAACAAAUGAAUAGUAAUUCAACUACAAGUAUAUCUGUUAUUAAUUUAGUUAUCAAACCUCCUUAUUCCGAUGGUCUUAUGCGGACACUGAAUAAAGAAACGUCAUCAAAACCAAAAAAAUAUGCUCAAAUAAAUUCAAUCACAGCUGCUCUAAAGCAACUGAAUGCAAACGCGGAAAAAAUUACCACGAUUAAAGAUGAACUACAUACAAACUAUGGCUCAUAUAAGGAUGACUUUGAUGACGAAAAUGAUGGUGAUGAUAAUAAAACAGAUUUGGCAUUGAAUUUAUCAGUGAAAUCGAUUAUAUUACCCGCUCGUUCUUAA